AUGGAGUAUGGACAUCUUGUGGAUCUUGGCAUGGCAUCGUUAACGGUAGACAACUCGUCAACGUAUGUCCAGCUAAAUCCAACGGUUAGCUUCAACUAUAUCGAAACUUGGUGGAACAAACUGUUGGACAUCAUCGGCGAUGAUCCCGAUGUCCUGUACGUAUGGUUUCUAACCGUCUAUUCGUACGCAUUUUUCUGGUUCUUCGGUAUGCUGUUUGUCGCGAUGGAUCUUACCGGGCGGCCCCAUUGUCUGCGAAAGUACAAGAUACAGCCGGGCAAGAAUGAACCACUGCCCUGGAAGCGUUUCAAACAACUCGUCCUGACCGUGCUACGCAAUCAGUUCCUUUUCGGCAUACCGACCGGCUAUCUGUUGUUUCAUAGUCGUAAAUUGUUCACAGCAGAAAUUCCACCCGUUCGCGUGCUGCCGUCGGUGUACACGAUCGCACAGGACAUGGCGGUGUGCAUACUGUGCUGGGAAAUUGGCUACUACUAUACGCAUCGUUUGCUGCACAGUCGGUUACUGUACCGCCAUUUCCAUAAGCAGCAUCACGAGUGGAAAGCUCCCGUUGCACUGGCCGCCAUGUACUCGCAUCCGGUUGAGUUUGUGGUGAGCGAUCUGCUGCCAGUGUAUGCCGGACCGGCCAUAAUGCGUAGUCACGUGUUUACCGUCUUGAUCUGGUUGUCGUACGUUAUGGUCGACACACUGGCUGACCAUUCCGACUACCAUCUACCGUUUCUGGCGAGUUCCGAAUUUCACGACUAUCAUCACCUGAACUUUACACAGUGCUUCGGCAAUUUUGGACUGUGGGACUUGGUGCACGGUACGGCGAAUGAAUUUCUUCGCAAAAAACAAUUCCAACGACACCACCGGUUGCUUACGUUUAAAUCAGCCCGCGAAUGGAUACCGGAUAAGGAGACGUAG